UACAUGGCUUGGCAAGGCUCAACCACCGGAGGUGUUCGUUCUUCAACAGCUUCCUCCUUUCCUGCUCAAAAGUUGUUCACCUUUGGAAGAAAGGUAGGUGUCACGUACGUCUUGCAAAACGACGAUUGCUUGCUCGCUGCCAUAUGGGUUGCUGCAGCUCAGGUUUAGAACCAGAACCCCUAGCCCUAGCUAAUGCUCUCUGCACCCGCACGCACCAUUGCUGGCACUCCUUUGACAGGAGUGUAUCAAAGGCAUCCAAAGCAAGGCCGUGGAGAAUAUCUUCGCAAAUGGCCGGUGCCAUCAGUGCCAUUUGUAGCGGUGGCAGUGGCAUGUGCUCGGGCUGCCAAGAGGGCAGAGCCCGUUGCCAAGGAAUCUCAGAAGGGCAAGAGGGGCAAGGCUACGGCCGCCAAGGUGAAGGUGAAGCCGGCUACACCGCAAGCGGAGGAGGCCCUCGAGGCCAAGCAGUCAGCUGAGAAGAAGAGCAAGGUUCUGAAGCAACUCCUUGGUAUGGGCCUGGCAGCUCCGUCGCCUGAGCCGCCAGAGCUGCCGGUUCCGACCGUUCCAGCGACUGUCCAAAUGCCACCUUUGCCAACGGUGCCCACGGUGCCCAAAGAGUCUAAAGCGUCCACUGUGGAGGCCAUCGCAGCUGCCACAGAAGCGGCACUCUUGGCGGGAGAGCUGCUGCGCAAGGGCGAAGAGUGGCAGAGCGCGGCACAGAGAGAAGUGCGACAUCACUUCGAGGAUGCAGAUGCCUGGACUUGGGAUCUUGGAAAGGCAAGCUCUGACAAGGAUGCAGUUGUGUCCUUGUUCGCAGAACACCAAGGUGAAAGCAUUGCAGUGCUUUUUGACCCUUGGCGAGAUGAGCUCUUCACUGCGGUCAGCGGUCGUGGUGCUGAGUUGAAUGGGCAAAGAUUGGAAAUUUCAGAAGGUACCGAUUUGAAAGAAGCGUUGGUGGGCACAGAAUCCUCCCAAGACCUUGAGUCUUCUUGGUCACAGCUACGUGGGCUGUAUUACUUGGGUCCGCCACGGUCGCGUGGUGUACGGAUCUUGGAGAACCCAGAGAUCGGUCACGCUUGGGUUGCAGCUGGCCGGUUGGGUGCCUUUUUUAGCUUGACAACUUCGAAUGCUGGAUCACUUCUAGUUCAUGAGGCAGGUGGCCUUGAGGAUCAAGGCGUCUCGGCCCUGAGUUCUGAUCUUCGGGAUCAGGUCGUUGAAGCUUUGCGUGAAGCAAAGGUUUGGAAGUGAAAA